AUGCUGUCCAAAGACACUGAAUCUGCCAGCUCUCUUGGCGUUUCCUCUUCUAGCUGUUCCUCCCUCAGUAUUUUCCAGCUUUUCCCUCUGGACUAUGUCCCUCUGCAAACCACUGUUCUAAAUCAAUACUGUCCUCCUGCCCUUGGGAAGGUUCAGAAAAAGGGAGAUGGGCUCCCAUCAUUCCUCCUCAGUCCAGCUCCUGACAACUGUUAUCCUUUAAAACAGCUUUUCCACUCAGGAGGAAAAUCUUCAUGCCACAUCCUUAGAAUAUGGAAGUUGGAUGAACAGCCACUGAGCUUUCAGACUUGUCCAGAGAAAACAAACCCACUGAGUUAUAUCCAUCAUAAUGAAGCUCCAGGUUUCUGA